AGGUAACCUCUAACCAACAUUCUGCUUCAUGUCCUGCAUCUCCUGGAGCUUUUAACACUCAGCUGUUCAUCCUGCGUUUUCCCUCCUUGCUGCUCAACUUUCACGUGUUUAUUUUUGAGCAGUCAGGAUUCAACCUUCACUCCUUGAGGCAGAUGUUGCACAGGGUGUGAAUUUAAAUCUGAAACUGUGGCAGGAAAGUGAGUUUUCAUCUGAUGUGUUGAAGCUUGGUAGCUUAAAUAGAGGGAAGUUUCCAGCUGCAACAUCAGGACCAUGUCCAGUUCUGCGUCUCUGGAGACGGUGAUGUCCUGCGGUAGGACUGGGUCCUCUGGGACGUCAAAGACUCUGGCCUUCUCAAUCGACCGGAUCAUGUCCAAGAGCUCGGAGCCGAAAAGCGGCGUUGAGGAGCGCGCAGAGGGGAAGAAGUUCCUCGGACUCUGCUCACCGAUCCCCUGCAUGAUACCGCUGCAGCCGUUCAGCUACGACUUCCAGGCCAAGGCGAUAAUGAGCUACUCGGAGCUGUGGAGAGCCAGCUUUAGAGGAACCUUCUGUGGAUCAGCCGCUCCCUGCAAGGGGAGCUGCGUGGUGUGCGCCAGCGCGGAUUCUCCGCUGAAACAGCCGGUGCCAACCCCCGGGAGUAGGUUGGUGAAACCGCAGGUUAUUCACCAGGCCGUGGCCGUGCCCAGCGUGGGUUCACUUUACUAUCUGAAUUACCUGGAUUCUGCAUACCAGCAGUCAGACCUGCUGGCCGGAAACUGGUUUUCUACGCCACAGGCUUCCCUGUCAGCGCACCACAAACUCAUGCUGCUGGAGAACGCCAAACUGGCCGGUGGAGCUGAAAAGCUUCCCACUCCUCAGUUCCCACAUAAGGAACAUCUUCCGGGACAGCUGGACCAGUUAGUGAAGGAGAACAAGGCUUUGACUGCAGAGAAAAACGGCGUCAAGACGCACAGCAAACUGAACUCCGGCAGUGGAAGCGCAGACGGGAAACACAAAAACUUCACGUGUGAAGUUUGUGGAAAGAUAUUUAACGCACAUUAUAACCUGACCAGACACAUGCCGGUGCACACCGGGGCCCGGCCCUUUGUGUGCAAAGUGUGCGGCAAGGGCUUCCGACAGGCCAGCACGCUCUGCAGGCAUAAGAUCAUCCACACGCAGGAGAAGCCUCAUAAAUGCAACCAGUGCGGCAAGGCGUUCAACAGGAGCUCCACGCUAAACACGCACGUCAGGAUCCACGCUGGGUACAAGCCAUUUGUGUGUGAAUUCUGUGGAAAAGGUUUCCAUCAGAAAGGGAACUACAAGAACCAUAAGUUGACGCAUAGUGGAGAGAAGCAGUACAAGUGCUCCAUCUGUAACAAGGCCUUCCACCAGAUCUACAACUUGACAUUUCACAUGCACACGCACAAUGACAAGAAACCGUUCACCUGCGAAACCUGCGGGAAAGGCUUUUGCCGCAACUUUGAUUUGAAGAAACACAUCAGGAAACUACAUGACAGCGGCUUUUCUGCGGUGUCUGAGGCCUUGAGGGAGCCGCAGAGCUGAGAUCUGCUGCUCCAUCAUCAGGAUGAUGAUGAUGAUGCUGCUUUGAUCACCAUGCUUAGACUGAACUCACAUGUAGUGAAUAUAGGAGCCCAUAUUGGUAAUAAAACAGCAGGGAUGAAUGAACCGAAGUUCCUUCUGAAAGGAGCUUUAUUAGGA